GAAUACCACCAAUUUGAAAUAAUAUCAAUUUGAAUUACUUUCAAUUUAAAAUACUCCCAAUCUGAAAUAAUGUCAAUCUAAAAUACUACCAAUCUGAAUAUCACCAAUAUGAAAACUUUCAAAUUAAAAUACUACCAAUCUGAAAUAUUAUCAAUUUGAAAUACUUUCAAUUUAGAAUACUUCCAAUCUGAAUACCACCAAUCCGAGCACCACCAAUCCGAAUACCACCAAUCUGAAACUAAAUACCACCCAUUCGAAAAAAAAAAGAACACCAAGCUCUGCCCCAUGCCACGCCAUGCAAAAACACGCGCAAUUAAACCCCUGUUUGUUCCCCGCUUGCCCCUCCAGCCAUUUGGGGUCCAUAUCGCUGGCCCUGGCUGCGCGGGUCCGCCGGCCCCAUUCGCACCCAGCUAGCGCCGCGGGUCGUGAGCGUGCACGACGCCAGGCGCGGGAACGGGGCAGCGACAUGUGCACGACACCCGUGCACCACGGUAUCGAUGGCCUCGCAUCGCACUGAAAAAUCUUCCCCGGCCUCCCAUCGCCA